AUGGCCACCAAAGAGACAAAAGAAACACCACCCACACAAAAUGUCCUGGAAUGCGGCCAAGUGCCUUCCCCUCCGGAAAAGAAAGUGUCGGCUUUCAAGUCCCUAGGGCUGCUGGAUCGCUACUUGGCAGUUUGGAUUUUCCUAGCCAUGGUGAUUGGUAUCUUGCUGGGCAAUUUCGUGCCGCAUAUUGGCCAAUCACUCCAGCGCGGACAAUUCGUCGAUGUCUCUGUCCCCAUUGCAAUCGGCCUCUUGGUCAUGAUGUAUCCCAUUCUAUGCAAGGUCCGCUACGAGACACUGCACAUUAUCCUGCGCCAAAAGGAGCUGUGGAAGCAGAUUGGCUUUUCCGUCUUUAUCAAUUGGAUCGUGGCACCAUUCUUCAUGUUGGCCCUCGCCUGGGCGUUCCUCCCGGACGAGCCCACCCUCCGCGCAGGGCUCAUCCUCGUCGGCCUCGGUCGCUGCAUCGCCAUGGUCCUCAUCUGGAACGGUCUCGCUGGCGGUGACGCCGAGUACUGCGCUAUUCUCGUCGCCGUCAACUCCAUUCUCCAAAUGGUGCUCUUCGCGCCCCUGGCCGUCUUUUUCCUGCGCGUCAUCAGCCACACGCCCACCACCACCACCACCGCCGACGGCCUCCGUGGACUCUCCUACUCCGUCGUCGCCACCAGCGUCGGCGUUUUUCUCGGCAUUCCCCUCGGCGCCGCCAUCCUCACGCGUCUCAGCCUGCGCCGGAUAUUCGGCGGCGAGUGGUACGAGCACACGUUCCUCAAGUGGCUCUCGCCGUGGUCGCUCAUCGGCCUGCUGUACACCAUCAUUGUGCUGUUUGCGUCGCAGGGCGCGCACGUGGUCCGGCAGAUUGUGUCGGUGGUGAGAGUCGCCGCUCCCCUAGUUGUGUACUUUUUGUGCAUCUUCUUCUUCACGCUGUGGGUGACGCGGCGGCUCGGGUUCGGGUACCGCCUGGGCUGCACGCAGAGCUUCACGGCGGCGAGCAACAACUUUGAGCUGGCCAUUGCCGUGGCCGUGGCCACGUUUGGGCCAAACAGCGAUGAGGCGCUUGCGGCGUCGGUCGGGCCGCUGAUUGAGGUGCCGGUGUUGAUUGCGCUGGUCUAUCUCGUCAAGUGGCUCGGCGCACGAUGGAACUGGAAGAAGUGA